GGAAAUUCAUUUCUCCCCUCCAUCAUCAGAUUAAUCCCAAAGAUUGUGAAAAUUCAAACAGAAUACAAAUACUAUUUGUAAGAGAGAGAGAGGAUGCCUGAGAAUUCCGAAGCGAACCSCAAUGAAAGCAGCAGCAGCUUUGUCGGCUGUGGAACUGACAAAAGUUGUAAGCGCAAUGAGAUGGAUUCCGAGSCAAGUGCCAACGUUUCAAACCAUAAUUACGCAAAUUACUCGCAAAAUGGCUCGAUGCCGUUCCAACAUCAGGCACCGAUUAGUAGUAGUCGGCGAAAAAGAAAGCUGACCGAAAAGGUAAAAGCUUCCGUCACAAAGCCCGCGCGUGCUGUCGGCCGUCGCGUAUUUCGAAACAGAAACUCAAGAGGUGGAGUUCUAGGCGGAGAGGGAGUAGAAAUCAUAUUAAGCCGUGAUGUUUCCAACAAACUAUCUGAGGACAUCUUUCGAACCAAUUCUUUGGAAGAAGCUGCGGGAACCACUAUGAGUGRAGGAAGUCAUUAUGGUAGCACGAUUAGUGAGGGAAGAAAUUUGCGUCGUUCCCUAAGUCAAAUGAUUAGUAGUAAACGAUCAAUUUCGACAAGUGCAUCCACGAAUGGAAAUACGAUGAGCAGACCGGGCGAUAUUGCUUCUACACAAAACACCAUUAAUGACGCUGAUUGGUCGGUUCGUACCUUGGAAGCCAUCCUACGAAAAUUGGCUACACUCUGUGGGGUAUACGCCUUGGGCUCCUUCCGCCCAGAAUGGUCAUCUUUAGUUUUGCGAAUGCUAGAAUUCGUUGCCACAGCAUGGGUAACUUGUAUCAUAAUUCUUGGAUUAGGAUGGGUUCGGAGAUGGAACUUACGAGAACAAGAACGGCAGCGACAGCAAGAAUAUUUACCACAUAUAAUAGUGGACCAAGAGCMACCAAAACAASAGGAUGUAGAAGAAAUUGGUACUUCAGAAAUCGCACCACUUUUGCAAGACCAAAAGAAUAGCAUUGCAUAUGGCAUUUCGUCUAUUCCUGCUACCAGAAAUGCUUCAAAGCCGGAGAAGGACGACAAACAAAACAGAAAAUCGACAACUAAAAAAAUAUCWCUCAGCCACAAGGCCGAGAAAAGUUUGUCUGAGGUACAUUCCUCGUCCGUAAGAAAGYCGAACAUUUCGUCAGCAGAAACGCAAAAUGAAAUAGAACACCCAAAGCUGACCUCGUUCUAUGCCGUGGAUACUAGCACUGGAAGGCGGAUAUCGUGCAAUGCAUCUACUCCAUUUCAUAUUUCCAACGAAUGGAUGGAGAUGGAUAUGCUGAUAAUGCUUCGAACACCCGAUGUGGAUGAUCCCAGUGCUAUAAAGGGAACAGCCGCUAAUGACAAGGUGUCGGGCUAUCUAAGGAACAAACAGCGACGUUUCGAAUUUCAGUAUCAAGUGAAACUCAAAAAGGCACCCGUGGGUAAAAGAUUCUACUUUUCUUGCGAAUUGGAUGAACCGAUUAAGAUGGGGAUAGUGACCAGGGCAUUUGUUUCUGCGGCUAUGGCAUUUGUGAAAUCAACGAAUCCAAGUUUUCACUAUAAUGUAACCGGAAGCAAAAAGAAGACAGGUGACGGAAAGUUCGAAACUCCUCACAUGUCCUUUACGGCUGAAGGUAGUCUAGAUCGGUUUGUGGCUACKAAACCCGGUGAAAAGCUGCCAGAACUCGGCUCRGAGAUUCAUGAAGACCCUGAAUUGAUGAAGAAACGAAAAAGUGGGAAAAUGGUCUUCAAUACUGAGGACACAUACACCUUUAGCUUAUGGAGCUCCUACGUCGACUUUUUGGAUUGGAGAUGCCUGAAUCUACCUGGCAUUAAACCCUUUGGGCUGUCGUCGGUGCUAGGAUCCCAAUCGAUCAACUUGACAAUGUAUCUUAUUGAUGAAAAUAGAGGAGGAGACAACCACUACCGCAAAGAUAUUACUGAAAUCGUCAAGUUCGAAUUUUCAAAUGGAGAGAWGGCUGGUAUAGGGAAGGAGGCGCAGAAAUUGAUCGAUGUCGCAAUGGAGAGACAAAAACAACAGGAACUUAAUGCCACUCAAAUCACGACAACGCCUAUGCAAGAGGUUGGAGAACUGACGAGAACUGAAUCAGACGAUUCAUGUUCUGAUGACACCGAUUGCAUUAGAAACACGAUAACUAUUGACGAAGUAGAAGAAAUUGAUAGAGACGCAGCCGACGCAGCCGAACUUGGCGAGGGGAUAUACUUGAGAUCCGGUGAUUCUGUGCUUYUCAAAGAAUUYUUGCCAGAAGAUGAAAAAACCACGGCUUGUGCUGUCAUCAAUGGUGGUGGCUUUGCGGUCGUAUCAAAGCAAAACACUCCUAUUGUGAUCGAAAAAACAAAAAGGCAAAGGAAAAACAAAUUGAUCAAGUCUGGAGAUACUGUCAUGUUCAAAAUGAUCCAAAAUAAGCCCGGUACAGAGGAUUUGGAAACUCGAUAUCUUACCAUUCAUCGUGGCUGGUGGCUUAAGUGGGUGACAACGAUGCCAUUGAAAAAUGGUUCUUUCACCAUUUUUACACACGAGACAGAACUUGGCGAACGCGCUCUACCGACAGACGAAACACAGUCAUCAUUUCUCACUCUUGGGGGCUCAUUUACUCUUCGACACAAACGAUGGUCGAAAUACUGUGUUGGUAUCUCAUCGAAGCCAUCCACUGAUUUUGGGGGGAGAAUGCUAAGUUUAUACAAUAGCAAGAGCAGUGGGAAAGGGUUGGUAACAGAAGAGGGAAGAAACCAAUCUAUGUAUCAGUCAGAUAGGAACCAGCCCACUGAUCAGUCCGAUGAUGACGGGGAGACUGACCGAGAAAUGCCUUCCAUCGAAGAUUCUGGGCGUGUCAAGCCACUCGUACUUUGUACUCAGGAUCCAAAGACAGCGAMGRAUUUGUCUCCGAAUUCGUCACCAAUAAAAGUCUCCCGUUCUGACAAUAACUUCCACGAGAAGAUUGAGCCGAAAACUCCAAAUGGUUUCAAAUUGAUUUUCUCUAAUGAGCAUUCCCGUGCGGAUGUUCCUGCUUGGAUUGAAAUGUUGGAUAGAGUACAACGAGUGCGUCAAUUGGCGUAUGUCGUUCGUGUUGUAUGUCGAAAUCCCACGGCUAAUGCAUCYGGGAAAAACAACGAAGAAACAUUUGCUCGACUAAAAUCAGGGAAAAGACUAGCUCAUGUGAUGAGUAUCGGCCAAAGCAUUGACAUUCCAAACUUUGCCCCGAGCUCGCUUGUYGCAGUCGACUCUUGCGACAGUGUUGAUGCAAUAUCGAAGAGCAAUCGUGACAUCAACCAAUCAUGUUUUGCUGAACCUCUCUCCGAAACAAAUCAAGGCGAUGAGGAAGAGGACGAAAAUCUUGGACACUUAGAUUCGUCGAAUGAAAAUUUAAAUGAAUUUGGACUUCAAGGAAAGAAGAUAACAUYGAGUGGAAGUUUAAGUGUAUACGAUUCAUAUGGCGAUCCUGAUCCUGAUAAUGUUGAAUCUUCAACACCGACUAAGAUCGAGGAGGAUGACUUUAUUAACGAAGAUAUCAUUAUUGCAGACUCAAUGAGUGACUCGUCAUUAAGUGAUACUGAGGUUGGAAUCAAGAAUAAACGUAGAUUGGGAAAUGUGAAGAAGCUUGCGAGGAAGACUGUUGUUGGGACGGGUCGCAUAACGAAGGGUAAGAACGUCCGUUUGAAAUUCCCUUUUGUAUGCUUUAUCUUUUCAUUGUCUCACCUUAAGAUUCUUAUCAUGAACUGCACAGAAACCACCAAAAAAGCUGCCAAAGGUAUCAAAGGUACGUCAAUAUCAAAGAUCAGGAAUGGCCUUGUACCGUGUUUCGUAUUGUGGUUAUCAUCUCAUUUUGUCUUUGUUUCCAAUUGUUAACAAGUAGGAACUGGAAAGGCAACAGGAAAAGCUGUAAAAACGACCGGGAAAAGGUUGAUUGCACCAGUCGCAAUUAAAACUGGAAAACAACCAAGAUCGGGCCCGAAAAAAAGGAUAAAGGAAUCUCAAACUGGAGUACCGAAAACUAUGAAGAAACUUGGAAAAAUUGAAGCCAAGUCCGGUGGACCACCAAUCUUUGUUGCAGGUGAACUGAGUGCGACAGAGCAGUCCCGGCGUACAGCAUCCAGAAUUUUGGAACGAAUGUCUGACGUAUCCAUCCAAUCUUCAGCGUGGAAAAGUUGUAAUGAUGCUCUAUCAUCUGAAAUUGGCUUUUUGACAGAACAAGAUACAUGGUUCUUGAACGGAGAUGCUAUGCAUCUUGGUGUGAAGCCCAGCAAGAAGCAUGGUAAACUACUGGGCGACACCAUAGUGGCAAGGUGCUUGUAUGAAUCCCAUUGGAGAGAAGAAUGGUGUGGAAUUUACGAGAGUUGUCUGGUUUUCUAUGCUCCAUUAGCCAAGUCAAAAUGUCACGAGAUCUUUUUUUCAGAUAUUWCGUUUGUACGUCCGUUGGCAGAGAAUAGACUUUGUCCCCUACCAGGAUUUUCCAUACUAGUGGUUGAAACAGCAUGGCAAUGCCACUAUAUAGCUUUCCGUGACGAAACAUCGAGGGGUACUUUCGGUGAUAAAGUGGAGUCUGCUCUUGAAAGGCUCAAAAUGAGAAGAGAGGUGGAAUCGCCGGAACAAAUUGACUUACAAAAAGCAAGAUUUUGGCAGGGUUUUCAGACGCUCUCAGAGACAUCUCUAUCCUCAUGUGCCGCGAAAUGGGCGAAAGUUUCGUCACAACAAAAAGCAAAAGAAAGGGCUAUCCUCAAUGGCCGACGAAUGGCAUUCGAUAGACUUGCAAGGUCUUUUGGAAAUAGUAUUUCCAAAGCGAACRAAUUCGUUGAAGACCUGCUCACGAUGGCUCUUACAUUCUCUUUCCAGUCUCUCGAACAAGACCCAGAAUCCUUUAUCGAGUUUCUCGACUUGACCAGCGAACUUCGAUUCUUACCAUUGGAAGACAUAGAUCUUUCGAGCCCUUACGCAUUCUGCCUUUUUAUCAAUAUUUACCACUGCCUUCUUCAACAGGCCCUACUACUCUCCGUUAAUGGACCUUUGCAAAAGAAGUCAAUAAGUCACUUUAUGAGAA